UCGACGCGCUGUGUUCGUAAUAUAGUAUCCUAUCCCCAUUCAAUUAGCGGAGGCACGAUGGUUGAAACAAGAAUAAUACUUCUUGCCCUCUUCGGUGCAAACAUAGCAGCAGCAAUUUUUCUCGAGAAAGAGGCCAUCCUUCGAACACUUCUUCUAUCAGUUCUGAUUUUUGUAGCAACAGGAAAACGGUACAGAUGGUUUUAUAUCCUGUACAAAACAUGGCAUCGAGAUAGGCAGGCUCUUUAUCGAUUUAUUAUAUUUAGUAAUCAGCUGAGGUUUAUGUAUUGGCGCAAACACACAAUACCAAAAAUUUUCAGAGAAGUGGUCCGUAGAAAUCCAAGUAAAGUUGCCUUCUACUUUGAAAAUAAGCAGUGGACUUUUUCUGAGGUAGAAAAAUAUACAAAUAAAAUAGCAAAUUAUUUCAAAAAACAAGGCUACAAAAAAGGAGACUGCAUUGCUGUAAUGAUGGAUUCCAAACCAGAAUUUGUUUUUGUUUGGCUUGGUCUUGCAAAAAUUGGUGUCGUGGCGGCUCUUAUAAACUCAAACCUCCGAAAGGCACCACUGACUCACUGCAUUACAGCUGCCAAUAGUUGUGCUAUUAUAUUUGGCUCUGAAGUUUCAGAAGCUAUCAGUGAAGUACUAGACACAGUAGCAGGAAAGCCGCUGUAUCAGCUUAAUGAAAAUGUUAGUUCUGAGGUGGUUGCCACUGCUACAAAUCUUGGUAAUGAACUGGCAACAUCAGUAGAUGGUAGUGCUCCUGAGUACCCAACAUGUAGCCUUAGUGACAAGCUUAUCUACAUCUACACCUCUGGCACUACAGGUUUUCCCAAAGCUGCAGUCAUAACACAUACAAGGUUUCUGCUAAUGGCUGUAGGGCUCCGCAGCAUGCUUAAAGUCUCCAGUGAUGAUAUUGUCUAUGAUCCACUGCCAGUAUACCACUCAGCUGGUGGUAUACUUGGAGUUGGGCAGGCACUGUUGUAUGGUACCUCAGUAGUCAUUCGAAGGAAAUUCUCUGCCAGUAAUUACUGGUCUGACUGUAUUAAAUACAACUGUACGGUUUCUCAGUAUAUUGGGGAAAUGUGUCGGUAUCUGCUUUCUGUCCCAGAGAAACCAGAGGACAAGCAACAUAAAGUUCGCCUUGCAUUUGGAAAUGGCCUGAGGCCACAAAUAUGGAAGAAGUUUGCAGAAAGAUUUGGGAUCUCACAAAUUGGUGAAUUCUAUGGUGCUACAGAAGGAAACUCUAAUUUAAUUAACACAGACAAUACUGAAGGAGCUGUUGGUUUUAUUCCCAGGUAUGCUUGGUUUCUUUACCCAGUAUCACUAAUUAGAAUAGAUGAAGAAACAGAAGAGCCUCUCAGGGAUAAAAAUGGUUAUUGUAUUCCGUGUAAACCAGGUGAACCUGGUGUCCUUAUUGGUAAAAUUGACCAAAAGCAGGUAGUCAAUAGCUUCAGUGGUUAUUCUGACCCAAAGUCUACAGAGAAGAAAAUAAUUGAUGAUGUUUUCUCAAAAGGUGAUAAAGCAUUCAACUCAGGUGAUAUUCUUGUUAUGGACGAAUUUGGUUACUUCUACUUUAAAGACAGAACAGGUGACACUUUCAGAUGGCGUGGUGAGAAUGUUGCAACUUCAGAGGUUGAAGGAGUCAUCAGUGCAACAAUUGGACUGAAGGAUGUUGUAGUUUAUGGUGUUCAAAUACCAAAUGUCGAAGGACGAGCAGGAAUGGCAGCAAUUCAUGAUGACAAUGAUUCCCUGGAUCCUGUAGUACUUGCUGAAGCUGUGAACAAAAACCUGCCAUUUUAUGCAUGCCCACUAUUUGUUCGUGUAGUAAGAGAACUACCAAUGACAGGCACGUACAAACUAAUUAAACGGGAGCUGCAGAAAGAGGGGUACAAUCCGUAUAAAAUUACUGACAAACUCUAUUUUCUGGAAAAAGGAAAAUAUGUACCUUUGAACCGGCAAUUAUACGAUGACAUUGUAAAUGGAAAUGUGCGACUUUGAAAGGAAAAUUGCAGACCGAUACUCUGAUAUUUGGUGUUCCCUCUUCGUGGCGUGCGACCGUCGUUAUGGAUUCCAUGUCACUAACCAAACAUCACUGGGCAUCCUGCAUUGCAUCUACACUCUGUAAAUAACUGUAAACCAUGAGUGCGUCAUUACUGUAUUGAGCAGUGAUUAUGAGCUUUUUAUAGACCCGUUUCCUAAUUUUUAAGCAAAUAAUGGUAUUCUAGUCUAAUAGCGUUCUCUAAUCUUAGAAGAUAAAAUGCUUUAGUGUAAUAUUUUAAAUGUUCAAAUACAUGUGUAUUUUGUAA